AUGAACGAAAAAUCGUGCCAUCCGAUCACAACGAACAGCCAGCGAGUGACAGUCGAAAUCCCCGAAGGAUUGCCGGCCCUAAUAAUGGUCGUCACUCGAGAGGUGUUGCGUCACAAUCCUGAGGACGAGUGCAAGGCAUAUUUGAUCAUAGCCAGUUACUUGGAAAAAAUGGUCAAAGAAAAUCGCGAAAAACCCAUCUCUUCUAUAAAUAACGAAUGGACCCGUGAAAUUAUUGCUCAAAAUGUGAUAAAAACGGUGGAAAAAUACGGUGUAACGACCGAAUCGGCUAACGAUGCUGCGACUUUAAUACAAAGGGCUUGGAGAAAAUACAAUAAACAAGUUUCGAAAUUAAAACACGAUUCUUUGGAAACAGGAGACCAUAUCCUUUCUAAAGAAUUUCGGGAGGAUAUUUUAGAGGAAAUUAAUUACGAAAACGAUUCUGACGAUAUGGAACGUGUGAACGUAGUAAAAAAAGGCCAGAGAGACUAUGUGCCACCGAUUCCAGAUUUCAUUGACGAUUUAUACUCCUCAAAAUAUGUAGAAAAUGUAAACGGUCAGCCAAAGAAUAUUUCUUAUGAAGACGAAGAAUAUAAUUUUUAUAAUUUACAGUAA